GUUGCGAUUCGGGAGGCGGCGGCGGCGGUGGAGGCGACCACUUCUCAGCCGAACAACAACAACAACCUACGGUAGCAGCAGCAGCUUGUAAUACAACAACAACAACCACAACAACAACAACAACCACAACAACCGUCGGAGCAGCAGCUUCGCCAUGGAAGCCUUCAGGGUUGCGGGGCGAGCCAUCGUCAGAAGCCCCAGCGCGGGUAAAAGUUGUGGCCAUAAGAAGCUGCCCGAGAACUGGACGGACACGAAGGAGACGCUGCUGGAGGGGAUGUCCUUCCACCUCAAGGAGCUGGGCUCCACCCUCGUGGACGCGCCCAAGGGGGAAGAGCUCACGGCACUCGCCGUCAAACGCAUCGUGGCCAUGGCGAAGGCGAGUGGCAGGAAGCUGCGCAAGGUGACGGUGACCGUGUCGCCCAAAGGCCUCGUGCUGCACGACGCGUGCAGCGCCGAGCUGCUGGACAACAUAUCCAUCUACCGCAUCUCGUACUGCACGGCUGACAAGGUGCAUGACAAGGUGUUCGCCUUCAUCGCUCAGAGCGGCCUCGACGACAACCUCGAGUGCUUCGCCUUCCUCUGCACCAAGAAGAAAGUGGCCCAGGCGGUGACGCUGACGGUGGCCCAGGCGUUCCGCGUGGCGUUUGAGUUCUGGCAAGCGGCUAAGGAAGCUAAGGAAGGGGGCGCCCCCCCUCAGCAGAGUGGCGGUGGCGCCACGCGGAGCGGCACGGAGGGGGGGGCAGCCCCCCUCGGGGACGGGCCCCCCCUGGAGGGGGAGCCCCCCAAGGGGCCCCCCCCCUCCCUGCUGCUGGACCUAUCCGAGUGCUCCGCUGCGGCCCCCUGGGGCGCCCCCCCCGGCGGGCCCCCCACCCCUCCUCCCGACUUCCCCCGAGCUGCUGCUGCCCACGCGGCGCCGCCCCCCCCUCCACAGGGGUGGGGGGCCACGGACUUUGACGACGACGAUGAUCUGGACGAAGCUUUCGGGAGGUUGGCGCAGUCACGCACCAACCCGGAGGGCGUGGAGACCGGGACGGUGAGCGGCAGCGGCACCCUCGCAAGCCCUGCGUCCACCCUCGUGUCCACCCUCGGCAGCCCCGUGUCCACCCUAGCCAGCCCCGUGUCCCCCACAGAGGCAGAGUUCUUCAGGUUCUGAGUCACCUAGAGCUCCCUACUCGGCCCUAUUAAACCCCCCACCCCCCACACACACACACAAAUAUAUCCAUCCCUACACGUACGUACCCCCAUAUAUACACACACCUACACCUGUACCCAUUCACACACCUGCAGUUGUACAUUCGUACAGGCGUACGUAUAAAUAACCCACGUAUAGUACACACACACACACGUAUGUACCUACCCCCAUAUAUACCUACCCCCAUAUAGGUCUAUAAAGCAUGUAUACUUCCACUUGGCUCUACACACACACACAAUGACGUGUGCCUAUAUGUACGCGUGUGCGCACCAGUACAUGUAGCCACACAUUCAGCAAGUCGCUCGUUUGUGUACAGAUAUUAUACGGCUAGCUACCUAGCCAUAUACACGCAAGCCUGUACACACACACACACCUCGAUACACUUACACGUAUCCAUAUAGUGUACAUAUCUAUGCAGGCACCUAUACACACUGAAUCAGUCACCCACCCACACAUCAUUCACUCAACGCACUCGCACUCACCUGCCCACACACACCACCCGCCCACACACCCGCCCACCACCACACACCCACCCACGCACACACCCGCCCACCCACCCACGCACACACCCUCCCACGCACACACACACCCACGCCCACCCACACACACCCACGCCCACACCUGCCCACGCACACACACACCCUACGCACACACCCACACACACCCGCCCACCUCAGCAGUGUCUCUUGUCUGCACUGGGGCGUGUGUCUGUGUGUGUUUCCGCCCCGCGAUCUGGACGUGCUGAGCACCGCUCGCCCAAACAGCGUCUCCUCCUCCUGCUCCUGCUCCUCACUUGGAACUCCUCGCUUCGACUCCCGCCGCUGGGCCGGCCUGCCGCAGGGCAACACAACACCCGGGGCACGGACAGUGUGGUGUGGGGGUGUGUGGGGAGAUGUGGGGGGUGUGUGGGGGCGUCGCUUCUCAUGGGAAGAUUCUCCGGACUUGGCGUGUGGUGGAUCGCUGGAACGGAGCGCGGGAGCAGUGGAACGUAAGGGUCCCCUACUGGCGGUGUGCGUCGCUGUGCCACGCGGGGGUGGGGUGGGGGUUCACGGGGGGUGGCACGGGUGGUCUGGGCGCGCGUGGCAACUUGAAACGCUCUUCGUGCGUGCGCGUGUCUUGAGUUGACGUGCUGCGUGUGAGAGCGUGUGAGUGUGAGAGCGUGUGAGUGUGAGAGCGUGAGUGUGGGAGCGUGUGAGUGUGAGAGCGAGCGUGUGUGAGCGAGCAUGUGAGAGUGUGAGAGCGUGUGCGUGAGUGGGCGAAUGCGCGUGAGUGUGAGAGCGAGCGCGUGAGUGUGCGAGCGUGAAUGGUGCGAUGAGCUAUUCGCAAACGUCCGUUGAAGGCGACGCGACACGUGGGCCGCUUGUGCCCACGAGGUAACGCGCGCGGGAUGUUGUGAUUCGUAGCCGCUCGCUCGCUCGCUCGCUCGCUCGCCGGCGCAACUUGCCCUCAAAGUCCUGCGUAGCUACGCGGGGCGGCAAAAUCUUUUGGUCGUUUGUGCGGAGCGUGUACAUACGCGUGCUAGGGAGACAAAGGCGGCCGGGCGUGGUGUUGGCCACCCCCACAACCCCCUCUGGCGUGCCACUGCCGGCCUUACUCGGUGCUACUCGCUAACGACGCUCGCCCAGACGGUCUCUGAAGGGCUCUACCGGGGGGGACCUCUGACUCGUGCCUACGUGCGCGCGUGUCCGUGCGUGCGCGUGUCCGUACGUGCGCGUGUCCGUACGUGCGCGUGUCCGUACGUGCGCGUGUCCGUACGUGCGCGUGUCCGUACGUGCGCGUGUCCGUACUGUGCGCGUGUCCGUACGUGCGCGUGUCUGUACGUGCGCGUGUCCGUACGUGCGUGUGUCCGUGCAUGCGGACCUCUGUGACGGAAACCCUCCGUAUCCGUAAAUCAUUUCUUGUACAGGUGUGAGCGCGCGUGUCGAUGCGCCGUGCGUGUGUGUGUGAGUACGUGGUAUUGAGUGAGGGAGCGGCGGUGGUAGUGUUUGGCGAACUGCACUACGAACCCGGCCACAUCGGUGACGAUUAUCUGAACCGGUCCCGGGCCUCCCCUAGGUCGACUCGGCCUCAAGCGAGUACCUGGUACGGUGCGUAAAACCAUCGCCCCCUCGUGUGCCACAGUGCCGGUCGCCUUCAUAGCAGCUGCUGCUGCUACUCGCUAACAGCACUUGCCCCGACAGUCUGUUACGGUCUGCACGUGUGCUGGUGUUGACUCUGCAGUCUUUGAUGAUGCUACCUGUGCCCCGAAAAGCCUUGCGUUGUUUGCAGGGUCUUUGUGUUGAAUUGUUAAAAAAAAUAUAUGAUAAACUAUUAAUCUGGUGUUUGCUUAAAUCCAGGUUUCAACACCCCCCCACCCCCCACGCCUGCGAAACUUCUUGGUUGCACGCAACUCUCUCACUGCUUGUUUAUAAUCGGUCUGUUUCGCUGCGAUUUGUGCGUGUCUCUCCGCUCGGUGGAAGGGGGAGCAUCGGUCGAAUCGCUUCUGCAGCCCGGUCACGUGCAACUUGGCUUUGUGCAGCUUCGUUAGCGACGUUGUUGCAUGCAACUUGGUUGUACAAGUUGCAUGCAACUUGGUUGUACAAGUUGCAUGCAACUUGGUUGUACAAGUUGCAUGCAACCGAGGUGGCAACUCGGUUGCAUGCAAUCACGGGCAAAGCAUAACAAGAAAUCGUGAGCGAUGGCUGCGUGUUGGUGGUGGUUGUUGUCUCUGUUGUUGGUUGUUUCUGUAGUUGAAGCCGCGCAUUUUGAAAACUGGAACCAAAAAUAAGGGAAGACUGUUAUUUUGUAAUAAACCGGGGGGGGGGGGGGGAGAUGCCUACGGGCAGUGCUGAGUCUGUGGGCAGUGUUGAGUCUAUGGACAGUGCUGAGUCUAUGGGCAGUGCUGAGUCUAUGGGCAAUGCAGAGUCUGUGGGCAAUGCAGAGUCUGUGGGCGGUGCUGAGUCUGUGGGCGGUGCUGAGUCUACGGGCAGUGCUGAGUCUGUGGGCAAUGCAGAGUCUGUGGGCAGUGUUGAGUCUAUGGGCAAUGCUGAGUCUAUGGGCAGUGUUGAGUCUAUGGGCAAUGCUGAGUCUACGGGCGAUGCUGAGUCUACGGGCAGUGUUGAGUCUAUGGGCAAUGCUGAGUCUACGGGCAGUGUUGAGUCUACGGGCAAUGCUGAGUCUACGGGCAAUGUUGAGUCUACGGGCAGUGCUGAGUCUGUGGGCAGUGUUGAGUCUAAGCCAUUACCUGUCAACCCCAUCAGUGCCUAAAUGGUUUUGCCCGUAUUGAAACGGCUGCACGCCGUAUGGAUCUGAAAACUAAAUCUCCCUGUAUAAGAAUACGAUGAACUGUUUAGGUUAACAGGGUUAUGUCAAUUAGUUUGUUUUCUAAAUCCUCUGGAAGUUUUUUUUUUACCCCCUCCGUUGAUGGUGAAAUCUGAUUUGGUUGGGUUGCCUCGUCCUUGAAUUCUGAUUGGCUGGAUUGGCUGAAGGUAUCUUGCUCAUUUGAUUGGAUGGGGUGGCGGGGGGGGGUUAACACGCUCAAUGCUGAUUGGGUGUGUGUCUGAUGCCUUUCUUAAUUGUGAUUGGCUGAGAUUCCUCUUGCUUUACUGUAAAUUGUGAUUGGAUAACAGCGCUUGGAACUCGACUAUUGGCUGCUGUAUACCGUGCUCGAUUAUCAUUGGCCGGGAACUUAUUGCACAACUGAUUGGCUAAGAUGUCUGUUUUGUUUACGCGUUCGCGAUUUGGAUGGCUUUCUAUCACCAAACUGAUUGGCUGGGGGGAUGACCUCGUGCUGAAUUCUGAUUGGACAGCGCUCACUCAAACAUCCGAUUGGUUGCUAAACAAUUGGGAAAAUUCUACUUAACCUUGUCAUCGUAACCGUGUUUGUGUACAUUGCAUUUGCAAAAAAAAAAACGAUUAUUUUAAGUUAGUAGCUUUUUAGUUAUUCUUAUUUUCGUCAUUAUAAUUAUUGUCCAUUGUCGUUGACUUGGUGGUGGACUCUGCCGUGAUCGACCCUCUACUCUGGUCAUCGACCCUCUCUGCCUCCGUGUUUGUCCAUCGUGUGGGUUGAGUGCUGCCGAUGCGCGCCGCGUUGUGAAAGUUUGAGGCAACCCUUUCCCACCACCCCAAGUUGCCCCCAACCCGAGAUUAAACCUGCCCUCCGCCGCUCA